AUGAAGGCCAUGAAAAGUAUGAAGGCGAUGAAGGCAGUCCGCGCGACUCCAAAAGGUGAAAUUGCUGCUCAGUUGGCGGAGGGUGCGGGUUUGAAGAAAAGCGAAGUGAUGAAGUUGCUGGAUUCCCUAGCAGACAUUGGCACCAAAGAGUUGAAGAAGGCAGGGAAGUUCACCCUUCCCGGACUUGUCAUGAUCAAGACCCGGAAGAAGAAAGCCACAAAGGCUGGCAAACGUAUGAUGUUUGGAAAAGAAGUGAAGAUUAAGGCGCAGCCGGCGAAGACGGUUGUCAAGGCGUUUCCGGUCAAGGCGAUUAAAGACGAGUUCUAG